UGGACGUGUGGUUACCAUUUGACAUGGAUAUGCAACUGCAAUUAAACAUCGCCGUCAUCGUGGCUGUAAUUACCGUUAUAGGAGUGUUUCCAUGGUUGACGAUUCCGGUAUUAAUACUCAUUAUAUUCUUCGUCUAUGUAUACACGUACUAUCGGCAGGCCAUCAGAUCAAUGAAGAGACUUGAACACGUGACUCGGUCACAAUGUCUUUCCUACGUAUCAACGUCUGUACUCGGGGCUGUAUCUAUAUAUGCAUAUGACAAACGGGAUGAAUUUAUACAGAAAUUUCAGACAUUACUUGACAGGAAUACUGUGAUACUACUGUUAUAUAGUUUAUCAAGUCGUUGGACAAUCUUCCGUUUAGAAGUAAUAAGUACGACACUCAUUGGUUCAACAGCAUUAAUGAUUGUAAUACAUCAUGGUGAAAUAUCACCUGCAUUGGCAGGACUAGCUAUGGUGUGUGCUGUACAGACUGCGGCAUAUUUUCAAUUAAGUGGCAAAUAUAAUGCUGAUGUGGAAGCUAGAUUUACCUCGGCUGAGCGGAUCCUCCAGUAUUCUGAGAGUUUACAACCAGAGGGCGAACAAUUUAUAGAAAAACAAAGGCCUAGCACAGAUUGGCCACAAGAAGGCAAGAUAUGUUUCAAGGACUUUGAAAUGAGAUAUCGUGAACAUUUACCAUUGGUACUGAGGGGCAUUACGUGUACUGUAUACCCCAGGGAAAAAGUUGGUAUUGUUGGUAGAACGGGAGCAGGCAAGUCAUCAUUCGCAGUCGCUCUUUUCCGUUUAGUUGAGCCUUUGUCUGGGAGUAUUCUUAUCGAUGAUGUGGACAUUGCAAAUAUAGGACUUCAUGACCUUCGAUGUAAGCUGUCGAUUGUUCCCCAAGACCCUGUCCUGUUUAUAGGAACCAUAAGGUUCAAUUUGGAUCCACUCAACCAAUACACAGAUGCUGAGUUGUGGAAUGCUUUGGAAAAAACUUGUAUGAAACCUAAUAUAAAAGACUUGCCAGAACAACUAGAGACUCCCGUUGUUGAGAAUGGAGAAAACUUUUCUGUUGGUGAACGUCAACUCAUGUGUAUGGCAAGGGCGUUGCUAAGAAACAGCAAGAUAUUGGUAUUAGACGAGGCUACAGCAGCUAUCGAUACACAGACCGAUAGUUUAAUUCAGGAGACUAUAGAUUUAGCCUUUAAACACUGUACAGUGUUAACAAUUUCACAUAGAAUAGAUACUGUUAUGAAGUACGAUAGAAUCAUGGUGGUGGACAAUGGCAAGUAUGGUUUUAUCAAUCUCUGUGUCAAGGAGCUUAUCCUGACAAAGUUCGGAGAAUCAACCUGGGAUAAAGUCAGAAGGAAAGCUAAAGUUGAUAAUUCGUUUGUGUCCUAUGAGACUUACGAUGAAGAUAUCACAUUGCGACUCGUUAAGGCAGCAUCACAGGUGGCUU